CCGCCCUUUUUCUUGUUUGGCUGGCUGCUCGCAAGUCGGUUGUGCGAAUCUUCAAGUCUCGCCGCGCCGCAACUAAUUUGCAUUUGUACAGAUCGAUGCAGAGGCGGUGAAUUAAUGACACGUUCCUCUCCGCAGAACGCGUAUGGAACAGCCGAAGAAGGACUCUUGACUUGCCCGCCGUGUGCAGAUAGGUGCGUGUGACCAUGGCCGAGAACCUGAAGAAGAGACCGGCCAAGGGCAUCCUCAAGUCGUCGACCAGCUUCGAGAAGCAGGAGCAGAGCCAGCUGAAGGCCGCCAGUCGGCAAAAGGAAACCAAGUGGGACGAGAUGAACAUAAUGGCAACGCUGCACCCCGCGGACAAGGACUACGGACACAUGAAGAUCGAGGAACCAAAGACUCCGUACAACUGGGCCAACGAGGAGCAGGAGCAGAUGGACGUGGCCGACGGCAAGGGCGUCGACGCCACAGCGUUAGCUGAGAAAAUUUCCGAGGCCACUUCGCUACCCACGGUUUGCCAAGAACCGGACGAGGAGAGCGAAGAGGAAGAGGAGGAGACAAGUCCCGAGGAAAAGGAGAAGAAAAAGCACUUUGAGAGCAAAAGGAAAAUGCACUACAACGAGUUCCAAGCUGUCAAGUUGGCGAGGAAAUUAAUGGAGGAGGACGAGGAAGAGGACCACGAGGACGACGAUGCAGCCGCGUCGAGUUCGGCGGCCAAUCGAGAGCCUGAACAGGAGGUGGAGGAAGCCGAGGAGGCUGAGGAGGAGAGCAAACCCAGUGAAGGAGAUUAAAACGGAGUACUUAACAAACAAAAAAGGACAGUCUGCACACAAAUAUUACUGAGUGAUAUGACAAUGAAAGUGA